UCGAUACGUUAUUUGGCCUACGCAUUCCCCCAAAACUACUUUCAUCAUGCAAGUUACAUCAUUCCUCUUUGGCAUCCUAGCCACCGGUAUCGUGUUAGUGAAUGGAAGUCCAAUUCCAGGUCAGUCCUUCUCCAUCAUCCCUGCCACAUUGCUGAGGAGUAUAGAACCAUACGAAGAGAAUGCAUGCGGACCCAAAGCGGAGGGCACAAUCGACGCACGCGGGGAUAGCGUGGAGCAGUCGCGAUGCCUUUGGUGAAUGACGGAAUAUG